AUGGCGGUCUCAAAUCAAGAUGCUGCAUUGGCAAAUAUGGGAUACACGGCUGAAUUACCUCGUUCCCUGAGUAUGAUGAGUAUAUUGGGCCUGUCAUUUGCUAUCAUGGCAGUCCCAUUCGGUCUCAGCACAGCAUUCACUUAUUCUCUGACCGAUGGACAAUCUGUGACCGUUUUAUAUGGCUGGAUUUUCGUAUCAUUUAUAUCACUUGCGAUCGCUUCAUCAUUGGCUGAGAUAUGUAGUGUGUAUCCGACAUCAGGAGGCGUAUAUUACUGGUCUGCGAUGCUCAGCACCAGGAAGUAUGCUCCCGUCGUUUCCUGGAUCACGGGCUGGUUGACCUUGGUAGGCAACUGGACAGUGACUUUGUCCAUCAACUUUUCGGGGGCACAAUUGAUAUUAAGUUCUAUCUCGAUUUUCAACGAGGAUUUUGUAGCCAACGCAUGGCAAACAGUCCUAUGUUUCUGGGCCGUUAUGGCCAUUGCUUUCUCAGUAAAUGUGUUUGGUGCUAAAUAUUUGGAUUUCAUCAACAAAGUCUGUAUAUAUUGGACUUCAGCAUCAGUGAUUAUCAUCAUUGUCACCCUCUUAGUGAUGGCCGAUGAUCGUCGAGAUGCCGAGUUUGUCUUCACUCAUUUCGAUGCCUCAGCAUCUGGUUGGCCAUCAGGCUGGGCUUGGUUUGUAGGACUUCUCCAAGCUUCCUACACCUUGACCGGUUACGGCAUGGUCGCCGCCAUGUGCGAAGAAGUACAAAACCCCGAACGAGAAGUUCCCAAAGCAAUAGUCCUGUCUGUUUUCGCAGCAGGCGUGACUGGAGUGCUCUAUUUAGUACCUCUAUUAUUCGUUCUCCCAGACGUCUCUUCAGUCCUCGGCCAACUAAACGGUCAACCCAUCGGUUACAUCUUCAAAACAGUAACCGGUUCCGCAGCCGGUGGAUUCGGUCUUCUUUUCCUAAUCCUCGGUAUCCUCUUCUUCGCCGGCGUUGGCGCUCUCACAGCCGCAAGUCGUUGCACCUAUGCCUUUGCACGCGAUGGCGCGAUCCCCGGAUCUCGUCUCUGGAAAAAGGUUAACCCCCAAUAUGAUAUUCCUUUAUGGGGUCUCGUGCUCUCCACCGUCGUAGAUUGUAUUCUCGGAUGCAUCUAUUUUGGUUCCUCGAGUGCCUUUAAUGCUUUUACGGGUGUGGCUACCAUUUGUCUGUCGGUUUCAUAUGGAAUACCCAUUCUGGUUAAUCUUCUCCGAGGAAGACAGGCGGUAAAACAUGCUUCUUUUUCGUUGGGGAGGUUUGGCUUUGUUAUUAAUACUAUUGCCGUGGUUUGGAUAACCCUCGCCAUCGUCCUCUUCUGCAUGCCAACCGCCAUUCCUGUCACUCCUUCGAGCAUGAAUUACGCGAGUGUAGUCUUUGUGUUCUUCGCGGCUAUAAGCGUUCUUUGGUACGUGAUUCGAGGUAGAAAGGAGUUUAGUGGUCCUCCCGUUGUUUCGGCCGAGGAAACGCAACAUGAUGGAGAAGUUUUGGGUGGUGUGGGGAGAAUUGUGACGGAGGAUGGUAGUGGGCAGACUUCAUUUGGAAGUGAUGCGGAGAAAGCGAGUCGGAAGUAA